AUGCUGGAGGCGACGAAUGCGGCACGGCGCCGCACGAGCUCGAUCGAGCAGCGAAACUCGUACGAGGCUCUCAUGCACGCCAUCGAAAACCGCGUGAAUGGCGAUACAAUCAACACCACUAGUAUUGAGAACAAAGACGCGACUGCUUCCACCGGCGGCUACGCAGCGGCACCCACGACGGCGACCAUCGCCUCAAAGCACGUCGAUCCCAUGGCGACCAACGGCGUUGCCCAGUCGGAGCUGCUGUCGGCACAUCUCACGGAGCAGCUGACCGACAUUCCAGCCGCACUGUCGCCUGGGAGCUGCGUGAGGCAGCAGUCGCAGCAACUCCCGCCGACUCAGCGCAAAAAAUAUGGAAAGGAAGAGGUGUCGACGGCCGCAGCAGCGAAGGCUGACGCCGCUGUGCGCAACACGGAGCAGACCGCGGUGCCUUCACAGCAGCAGCAGCAGCAAUGUCAGCGUGCGGAUAUGAAGCACCACGCGGAUGCGGCGGAAGGGGGCUCAGAGGACGACGACGAUGACGAGGGUGCGGCCCAGGACGACGAUGAGCAGGCGCUGUCUUUGGCAGCGUUGCACUCGCAGCCACCCAUAACGCGCCGCCAUGCUUCCACUGCGAUGCUGGAGGCCGAUGAUGACGAGGAUGAUGACGACGGUACUGCCUACGACGGGGUCAAGACCCAGGUGCUCUUCAAGCCAGUCAACCGUGCCGCUUACCGCGAGGUGGUGGCUUCGACGUGGAAGCCGGAGGGCCUGACGCGCCGCAUCAACAUCGCCGGCAGUGACCGUCAGCAGAACCGGGAUAGCAACAACAGCAGCAGUGCGAGCGAGUACAAGGACAGCCCCUAUCAUCCAAACUCGGCGGACGACGAUGAUGAGGCGAUCGCGACGAUGGCGACUCGCAACAAGGCAGUCAGGGCGGCUGCUCGGACAGCGCCAUCUAUGAAAGUGUUUCGCGUUCCCUCGUUCCCGUAUGGCGGUGGUGUGACGGAGCAGCAGGCGCGGAUCCUGCAGCGACAGUUCGACGAGUGCAUCCACAACGGCGAGCACCUCAGCUCCAACGCCGCCGGGCCUGGCCUCAUCACGAAGCGCGACUUUGACUCGGGUAACUACGCCGAGGUCUCUGCAGCGACUGCGCAGAUGGAUACGACCUCCUUCCAACCAACGUCGCCGUACGAGUUUGUCGUCGAGGUGGAGCGCGACGUCCGUUUCGACGCUGUCAAGGCCCGUGAAGAGCGUCGCCAUCGCUUCCGGCAGCUCGUGCGCGAAAAGCGCGCGCCGGCCACGAUGGGGACUUUCAACCUGCGCGUCAUCAUGGACCCGUUCAAGACAGGCUUUGAGGAGGAGAAGAACUUCCCGAUCGUGCCUGGAACCGUUAUUGCCGGUCGCUACGAGAUCAUUCAGAUGCUGGGCAAGGCUACCUUCAGCCGUGCGGUGCGCUGCUACGAUCUACAGGACCCAAUCUACAACGAGGACGAGGAGAGCGAUGAGGGGGAGUACGAGGAAGACGUCGAUGACGUCGAUGACGACGAUGAGAACGGUGCCGCUGCCUCGCUGGCCGAUGGGGCCGGGGACGUGGCUUGCAUCGGCAAUGGAGGUGUGACCACCGCCUCUUGCAAGGGGUCGGAUACCGCUACCACCGCCACCGCUAGCGAGCAACAAGUCACGUCUGUCAGCACAGCGACGAAGUCUCGCCUCAAGCCCAAGCGCAAGAUCCUGGGGUACGGCCAAGUUUGCCUGAAGAUCAUCAACAACACAAAGGACUUCUUUGACCAAUCGCUUGAUGAGAUACGACUGCUGACGCUGCUGAACCGCCAGAAAGACCCUGAUGACGCGCAUAUCGUGCGGCUCAUCGACGCCUUCUACUACAAGGAGCAUGUCAUGCUCGUGACGGAGCUGCUGCGCGACACCUUGUACGACUACGGCAAGUACAACCGGGAGGAGGAGAAGGAGUUCUACUUUACCGUUCCUCGCCUGCGCCGACUGACGCGGCAAAUCGUCGAGGCGCUGACGUACGUGCACUCCCUCAACCUCAUCCAUACCGAUCUCAAGCCGGAGAACAUUAUGUUUGUCUCCUACAGCCGCUGCAUCGUCAAGGUGAUCGACUUUGGCAGCAGUUGCUUCCUCAGCGACCACCUCAGUUCCUACAUCCAGAGCCGCAGCUACCGGGCUCCAGAGGUGGUGCUGGGCUGCGACUACGACGGCCGCAUUGACGUAUGGUCACUUGGUGCGAUUUUGGUAGAGAUGGUGACAGGUGACGUCCUCUUCACCUCGGACACCGUGCCAGAGAUGCUGGCGCGCAUCGUGUACGUUUGCGGCACGCCGUUCCCGCGGCGCAUGCUUUGGGAAGGCCGUCAUACAAGCGACUACAUCAACAAGUUCGGGUGCAUCUACGAGUACGGCGGCGGCGCAGAUGGGCAUCAUGACCGCCCCGAGAAGGGCGACACCGACGACGGUGAGGAGCCUUACUGCCUUUAUACCCCGGUCCCGACGAUGGCGCCGCACAUUUGCACAUCUUCGAGUAAGUCGCGGGCGGCAGCGUCGGCGCUACCACCACCACGGACGACGACGGCCCCGUACAGCGUCUUGCGCGAGAAGUUGGCCGCUGCGAACGUGGUGGACGAGGAGUUCAUCACGUUUGUGGAGGCGUGUUUGAUGCUCGACCACAAGAAGCGGCCGACAAGCGCGGAGCUGCUGGAACACCCCUUCAUCAGGGAUGUGAUGCUGUGA